ACUUUUCUUCUUUUUCUCCAUCACCAUUGAAAUUAACCUUCUUUCCUCUCUCACCUCACGCCGCCAAUAAGGGCCGGCGAUUUUAGAUCAUUUUUCAUCUUCUAUGAGGAUGUCUUGAUUGCGUUGAUUCAUCCAUCUACGGAACCUGCUCAUCAAUUGGAUUGCGUUGAUUCAUCUCACGGAAUCAGAUUGGACUCCGUCCUUCUUGACGCACGAUUACUUAAAACAAUCAGGUGUUUUUGCGUACGAUUCACGGACAUCUCCAUACUCUGGACAAUGGAGAAUCUCCCUGUUGAAGUGAUAGGAAAUAUACUAUCUCGACUUGGGGCUGCACGCGAUGUUGUUGUGGCAUCAACAACCUGCAGGAAAUGGAGAGAAGCUUGGAGGAAUCAUCUACAUACACUUUCAUUCAAUUCGAAUGACUGGCCUUCUUAUCAUGAUCUUACUACAGGUAGAUUAGAGAUUCUCAUUACUCAAACGAUUCUGCAGACGAAUGGACUUCAAUGUCUAUCAAUUGUCAUGGAUGAUGUUGAUGAGUUCUCAGCUGCUCCAGUUAUAGCUUGGCUGAUGUAUACUAGAGAAACUCUUCGUCAACUGCAUUACAAUGUAAGGACAAGCCCGAAUAUCAACAUUCUUGAAAAAUGCAGUAGACAGAAACUCGAGGUUUUAUCUCUAUCGCAUAACUCAAUUUCAGGGGUUGAACCCACAUACCAGAAAUUCCCAUGCUUGAAAUCGCUAUCACUUAGUUUCGUUAGCAUUUCUGCAUUGGACUUGAGUCUUUUACUAACUGCCUGCCCGAAAGUUGAGGUCUUGUCACUUAUCAAUUUGGAAAUCGCAAUGUCUGAUGCUCAGACUACUAUGGAGAUAAGCAGUCUCUCUUUGAAAGAUAUGUAUGUCGAGGCGAUAAGUCUGGACAAGUUUAUAUUAGAAGCAGACAGUCUGGAAAAGCUCCAUUUAAAAGACUGUACACUUGAAGUGUUUGAACUCGUGAGUAAAGGGACAUUGAGGUUUCUCAAGAUAGACGAUGUUAGCGUCAUCCAUAUUGACAUAGGCGAAAGCACGGAGAAUCUUGAGACAGUAGAUGUGAGCAAUUUCACUGUGAUGUGGCCGAAGUUUCAUAAUAUGAUAUCUAGAUCUAGUAGACUAAGAAGGCUUCGGCUUUGGGGGGUGGUUUUCGACGACGAAGAUGAAGUUGUUGAUUUGGAGAUGAUUUCGGCUUGUUUUCCUGCGCUUAGCCAUUUGUCAUUAUGUUAUGAGCUCAGAGACGGGGCUAUUCAGUAUGGGUGGCAGAGUCCGUUUAAAUUUGAGAAGGUUGUGGUGUUGGAAUUAGGUUGGACUGUGAUAAACGAUUUGUUUUCGCAUUGGAUUGGUGGGUUCCUUGAAAGGUGCCCGAAUCUUAAGAAGCUCGUGAUAUAUGGGAUUGUGUCGGAGGCUAAGACACAUGAAGAAUGUCAAACUUUGGCUAAUUUUACUUCAUCAAUUGUUAGGUUGAUGAGGAAAUAUUUGCAGGUAGAUGUGCAGUUUGAAUAUGAAUGAAUGAUUAUCAUCAUUUGCUUGAUGCUUAUGAUAUUUUUUGUUUUUGUGGGGUUUGGGGAUUUAUUGAUAUAUAUUUUUUGGACUCUGAUUUAUUUCAUGGUUUAUCAAAAAAGUAUUUAUUUGUUUA